UACAUCGCGGAAGUUGCCAGACGGACGCCGUUAUGUCACAUCCAUACCGUCCUACGAGGCCAGGUCGUUGACCUUUCAACUCUGACACCAUGCCCCGAUCGUUCCUGGUCAAAAAGGUUAAAUAUCCGGUUGAUCACACCAACCGAUGGCAAUAUCGACAGCCUUCCAGUCCCACAGAGGCGACGCCUGCACCCAGCCCUCCUCUCAAUAACAGAGGAACUGGUACGAUUAGCGAGGCUACAGUCAUACGGCAAGAAACCCCGAGCAGAAUUCAAGAUAAUCUUUAUCAAAAUACCACACCGACGACACCGUGGUCCAACCUCUUGACUGAUCCCAGACCAGAGCCAGCAUCCAUACCAGACAGAGGACUUCACGUUUACAGUCACGGUGUUACGGUCAGUUAUACUUACGAUGCCUUUUUCGUCAGUGACGGGAGAUCGAGAAGGAGGAAUUCGAUUGGACUCCCAGAACGUCCCCGGCCUCGGUACACUUGUACCGAAUGCGGUAAACAGUACGCCACCUCAUCCAACUUGUCACGUCACAAGCAGACGCAUCGCAGCCCCGAUUCUCAACUGGCCAAGAAAUGUUCGACCUGCGGUAAAGUGUACGUCAGUAUGCCCGCCCUGUCCAUGCACGUGCUGACCCACAACCUCAAUCACAAGUGUAGCGUGUGUGGUAAGGCAUUCUCCAGGCCCUGGUUGCUUCAGGGCCACAUGAGAUCGCACACGGGCGAGAAACCUUACGGCUGUGCACACUGUGGUAAAGCAUUCGCAGAUAGGUCUAAUUUGAGGGCCCACAUGCAGACGCACUCGGCCUUUAAGCAUUACAGAUGCCAACGAUGUGACAAAACUUUCGCACUCAAGUCGUACUUGAACAAACAUUACGAGUCCUCCUGUUUUAAAGAGACUCCAAAUAUUAUCGAUAGGCAAUAAAUUUCAUAUAUAUAUAUACGUAAUCAAUUCGACCAAGCAAUAGUGUAUCCAAAGCAAUAAUUUUUACACCAACUUCCGAUCGGAGUGGUCCUUUACUUAGCGUGUAGUUUCAGCUAUUCGUUGAAUUUCGAGCAAUAUAAUAUAUAUAUAUAUGUAAUCCAUAAAUCUCUAAAAUAUUUUUAUUUUAUUAAAUCUAUGCACAAAGAAACGAUAACAGACCAUUAAAUGUAAUUGAUUUAUAUUCAUUAUCACCUUUAUAAGUUUACAUCAGACGAGGGAUGUUACCGAAGACGAAGAGAGGUGAGGAACUUAUAUAUAUAUAUAGUUUAGAAUACACACGAUGCAUAGUUUAGUCGCUGGGCUGAUAGUGCAAUAAUAUAGUCUCACGUAGUGAAUAUAAGCUAUUCUGUGUUAAUAAAUCUCCAUAUUUGGCUUAUAGAGAAGGACUCUAACCGACCUCGGCCUCGUGUCUUUAUCUAUGCGGAUGUGGCAUACCUCAGUGGAUGAAAUCCUAGGCAUUACGGGAAAGUCAAAAUAUAGGGAUUUAAAAACAAAAAAUUUUGGCAAUUUUUCUUAAACAACGAGAAUUAUAUACCCUUUUUCCUUCGCGAUCUUUCAUGCAGUUUUUUGCCAAAAAAAAGCACUCUCUGAAGGUAGAAAAAUACGAAGCCAUCCUUAGAGCAUAUUUCUGAAUAUAAUAUAUUUUUCACAUUUUCCAAGAGAAAAUAUAAAAUUAAAAAAAAAAAAACUUGAACUGGAUUUAGACUAUUAUAUUAAUGAAGUUUAAAGAUUUUUCUCUAAUCUUUAAAAAUAAGUAGAGAGAAUUUCCUAUACGAUACCAAGAAAAUUAAUUUAAAAAUUUAGGUCAGCUGUAAAUAUAUCAAACUUAGGCCUUAGAUAUAAAAUAUAAGGAAAAUGUAAACUAGGCUAACCUGGGAGUAGAAUUGUCAGGUCAAAGGGUCGAGCGAGAUUUCUAUAUAUAUAUAUAAUGAUAUUCUAAGCAAGUUAAUGGUUAUUUCAGUAAAUAAUAAACGCGAGAACGUGUCUAGUUUUGUUUAUAAACAGAAAUUAAUGGUAAAUAAAUAUAUAAACUCGAUAAUUAUUGGAAAAAAUCUCCUGAUUUUUCUCGUAGA